AUCUCCGAUAAACACCAUCAUUUCACAUCCCUCGACUACUUACUAUUUCUUCUACACUACCCACCACCACCAAUCCACUACACCACACUAUCACAAUGCGCUAAUCCUUCAACAUCAUCCGCAGUAUUCGCCAUGUCACUGCCCACUUCCACCUCCCCCAAUGGCCCCGCUCCCCAAGACCCAGGCGCAUCAGGCGCCGCCAAUAUGGAGGAGAAACCAUCACCACCACUCGAAUCCGCACCACAACAACCAGACCGCGCCGCAGAACCCACCCUCCACCCCGCCUCCCACAAACUCACCCAAUUCUACACCAUCUCCUACCUAAUCUUCUUCGCCAUCUUCGGCACUCUCGCCCGGCUGGGCCUCCAAGCCCUAACCUUUUACCCCGGCGCCCCCGUAGUCACCGGCGUCCUAUGGGCCAACGUCGGCGGCUCCCUCCUAAUGGGCUUUUUCCAAGAAGACCGGAACCUGUUUCGCGAAGAAUGGGGCACCCCCAAUAAUAACAAUGUCGACCCCUCUGAGCGCGCAAAACAACAUAAAACCAUCAAGAAGACCAUCCCACUGUAUAUCGGCCUCACGACGGGUUUCUGCGGCUGCUUUACGUCUUUCUCGUCGUUCAUUCGGGAUGUUUUCCUGGCGCUUACGAAUGAUUUGUCGAAUCCGUCACAAGAGAAUAUUGUUUCGAGGAAUGGGGGGUAUAGCUUCAUGGCUCUGGUCGCUGUUAUUCUUAUGACGGUUUCGCUGAGUUUAUGUGCUUUGUUGUUUGGAACGCAUCUUGCUGCUGCGUUGGAUAGUAUCACUCCUACUGUUCCGUUUCGGUUCACGAGACGGGUUCUGGAUCCGCUGAUGGCGGUGCUGGGAUGGGGGUGUUGGCUUGGGGCGGUGUUUCUUGCGAUUUGGCCGCCGGAUCGCAAUGAUGGUGGGAUGGAGGUGUGGCGUGGUCGUGCGGUGUUUGCGAUUGUGUUUGCGCCGUUGGGGUGUUUCCUUCGGUUCUAUGUCAGCUUGUUGCUGAAUGCGAGAGUGCCGAGUUUCCCGCUGGGGACUUUUGCGGUGAAUAUCUUCGGGACGGUCGUGUUGGCUAUGUGUUACGAUUUGCAGCAUGUAGGGAGCAUUGGAGGGGGUGUGUUGACGGGGUGUCAGGUCUUGCAGGGGGUUAUGGAUGGGUUUUGUGGGUCGGCGACAACGAUUAGUACUUGGGUGGCGGAGUUGAAUGCGCUUGGGGCUGCUGGGGGGAGGAAGAGAUGGGCGGCGUAUGUUUAUGGGACUGUGAGUGUGGGUGUUGCGUUGGGGUUUGUGGUGGUUAUUGUUGGUUCGUUGGGGUGGACGAGGGGGUUUGAUGGGCCGGUUUGUGGGUGAUGAGAAUGUGUGGGUGUAGAUUGUAGUGUAUAUAGUAUAAAUAUAAUGUAGUAUAGUAUAGAUGAUAUAUGUGUAAUGUAUAGUAACUAUGUC